AUGGUGGCGCUGGGAAUCGUGGCGCUUGUAUUGGAGCCACUGCAGAUCCUCGUGGAGCUCACCCCGUGCCUGGUCGUGACGACCGUCUUCUCCCGGAGCUACCGUGCAUGCCGGCCAGGGCUUUGGUUGGUGCAGGCGCUGCUCAUCAUCUUCCUGGACUUCUGCAUGGAGAUCGGCAUCGACUUUUUCUUCCGUCGGUUCUUCGAUUUCCUGCUCUUGAGGGUGCUGUCCUUGCUGGCCAUAUCAUUGACGAUUAUCGUAACGCUGCAGCAUGUGCGCGCCAGGCCGAGGAGCGUGCCACUCGUGAGUACACCGCGCAGCUAG